AUGUGGAAGGGAAGAAGGAUAAGAAAACAGCAAUAGGAGGACGAAGAAGAAGAAGAAGAAGAUGAUGAUGAUGAUGAUGGCGGAGGAGAGCUAUAGGAGGGAGCAGAGGGUGAAGGGAUCAUGGAGCCCGGAGGAGGAUGAGGCGUUGACGCGGCUGGUAGAGCGGCACGGCCCCCGGAACUGGUCUUUGAUCAGCGCGGGGAUCCCCGGUAGGUCCGGGAAGUCGUGCCGGCUACGGUGGUGCAACCAGCUCAGCCCCGCCGUCCACCACCGCCCCUUCACCUCCGCUGAGGACGCCGCCAUCCUCGAGGCCCACGCCCGGUUCGGCAACAAGUGGGCCACCAUCGCCCGCCUCCUCCCCGGCCGCACCGACAACGCUAUUAAAAACCACUGGAACUCCGCCCUCCGCCGCCGCGCCACCUUCGCAGCCUCCGAUCCGAGCCUCCCGUCUUCGUCAUCUCCCACCGCCAAUCACGAGCCGGGCGAUUCCUACUCGGGCUCGGCCAGGAAGCGGCGGCGCUCGAGCGACAACGCGAACGAAGGAGGAUGUAGAUCGGCGGCGGCUGAACUGGGUACGUCGCUGUCGCUGAGCCUGCCGGGAGAGGGCGGAGGAGUCAUGGCCGCCGUAAGUGGGGAGGAGAGGACGUGGGAGGCGCCGCCUGGGGACGUGUGCCUUGUGACGAUAAUGCGACAGAUGAUAGCCGAAGAGGUGCGCAGUUACAUCGACAGGACGCGAUCGCAGGGCGGGGUGGAGAUGACGGUUCCCGCCGUCGUCAAGCCAGAGACCGCAUUCGACUGCCACAAUUAAUUAGCAUUAUCCAUUUUUCUUUUCUGUUCUUUAUAGUGAAAUUUAUUUUUCUUUGACUGUUUGUGCUACCCUAACCGUGGUGAUGAAAUGUGAUGAUUUGUAAAUAAGAACAGAGAGGAGA